CUGGAUUAAACUGGAUUUAUUUCAGUAAAAAUAAAUUUAAUCGAAAUAAAAUAACCAUUUCAUGGUACAACUUUUUUAUUAUGAAAAUCGUGGAAUACCUUGUAGUCAUUUAUUACGUAAUGGUAUGAAAAAAAUUAUAGUUCAAUUGGAAGCAUGUGAAAAUUGGCCGUAUCCAAGUUCUGAAUCAAAAUGGUUAUUAAUAUUUAAUCGAUUUCUAAGAAAUUGGUGUAAAGUCAUUCAAAUGACUAGUGGAGGAACAAAAAGAUAUGAAACUAUUGGACAUGUUACAUUUACUAAAUUAGAAGGUUCAAUGUUUAUCACUGGGAAAUUUAAACAAGAUUCAGCUGGUAAACAACAAAAGAUGCCACAUUUUUGUUUAUUUUUAACUACAAAUAUAAUAGAUGCUGAUUUUUAUCGUGGUUAUUUAUUAACUGGAAUGGUGGAAAGAGGUAAUCGAAAAUUGGGCAUUUGGGAAUCAACACAUUAUGCUUAUGUUAAACGUGAAGGUUACUAAAGAUCAAUAUAUCUGAUUGUUCAUAUUCUCACUGUAAAUCUUUUGUUCUUUUUUUUUACCUAAAUUCAUUGUACAUGAAUUUAUUUCACAUCGUCUAUUAGUGAAAAUAAUCGAAACUUACUAAAUUUUUAUGUAUUUUAC